CCCACCAUGGACAGGAUGAGACAAUAUCUUGAAGACAGUCUAAAGAACAAUCUCUACAACCCAGAAGGACUGCAGAUCAGCCUAUAUGGCUCUGAGCUUUUCCACUUCCGUAUCUCUGUCAUUCCUGGAGUUGUGUUGUGUGACCUGGUGGAGGAGGUACAGAUCUACGUAGACGAGCCUCCGCUGGCGUUCCCAACCCAACACCUCGUCAACAACAUGGCAGCCAUCAUCCUGGGAGGCCUGCUGCUCUUUGGCUUCCUUCUCAUAUACAACGGCGUUGCCAUGCCAACCAAGAGCAGCAUCAAAACUCUCCUCAAGAAACACAAGCCCACCAUCUCGCCAACCAGAACCCAGAACUCUACCACGACACAGGGACCAGAGUAG